AUGGGUUCGGACCCCCGCACCGCGAGGUGCGGGGGAUUGCCAUGGCUCCGCACCGCGAGGUGCGGAGGUCUCAGUGACCCCCGCACCGCGAGGUGCGGGGGAUUGCCAUGGCUCCGCACCGCGAGGUGCGGAGGUCUCAGUGACCCCCGCACCGCGAGGUGCGGGGGAUUGAGAUGGCUCCGCACCGCGAGGUGCGGAGGUCUCAGAGACCCCCGCACGGUGCGGGGGUCUCUGAGACCUCCGCACCUCGCGGUGCGGAGCCAUCUCAAUCCCCCGCACCUCGCGGUGCGGGGGUCACUGAGACCUCCGCACCUCGCGGUGCGGAGCCAUGGCAAUCCCCCGCACCUCGCGGUGCGGGGGUCUCUGAGACCGCCGCACCUCGCGGUGCGGGGGUUUCAGAACCCUCCUCCCCCACCUUAG